GGGAGGUGUUGUGUUGCAACGCAAGGGGGUAAGAGGCAACGAUGUAUCGUCCAAAGCCUACUUUGAAGGAUCGACAGCAUCUGUACAAGCUGAUUAUCAGCCAGUUACUGUAUGAUGGUUACACUACUAUCGCCAAUAGCCUCAUCAAUGAGGUUAAACCGCAGAGCGUCGUGUCCCCUUCAGAACAGCUCAUGCAACUUGCUAAGAUCGGGAUGGAGAAUGAUGACAGUGCAGUGCAGUAUGCCAUAGGCCGCUCAGAUACAGUGGCACCUGGAGUGGGUAUUGACCUGGAGUUUGAUGCAGAUGUGCAGACCAUGUCUCCAGAGGCUUCAGAAUACGAGACAUGCUACGUUACAUCUCACAAAGGCCCCUGUCGAGUGGCCACCUACAGCCGUGAUGGACAGCUUAUUGCCACAGGCUCAGCUGACGCCUCUAUUAAGAUCCUGGACACAGAGCGCAUGCUGGCCAAGAGCGCCAUGCCUAUUGAGGUGAUGAUGAACGAGACAGCUCAGCAGAACAUGGAGAAUCACCCCGUCAUCAGAACACUUUAUGACCAUGUCGAUGAGGUUACCUGUUUGGCCUUUCACCCCACCGAGCAGAUCUUGGCCUCCGGUUCUCGUGACUACACGCUAAAACUUUUUGACUACUCCAAGCCAUCUGCUAAGAGAGCCUUCAAACACAUACAGGAAGCAGAGAUGCUGCGCUCUAUAUCAUUUCACCCCUCUGGAGACUUCUUACUGGUCGGCACACAGCACCCCACCCUACGCCUAUAUGAUGUCAACACCUUCCAGUGUUUUGUAUCCUGCAAUCCUUUAGACCAACACACAGACACCAUAUGUGGUGUCAGCUACAACCCUAGUGCCAACAGCUAUGUGACUUGCAGCAAAGAUGGGAGCAUCAAGCUAUGGGAUGGCGUGUCUAACCGUUGUGUCACGACUUUUGAGAAGGCCCAUGAUGGAGCUGAGGUUUGUUCAGCCAUCUUCUCCAAGAACUCCAAAUACAUUUUGUCCAGUGGCAAAGACUCUGUAGCCAAGCUAUGGGAAAUCUCCACUGGUCGGACACUCGUUAAGUACACAGGCGCGGGACUAAGUGGACGGCAGAUGCACCGCACCCAGGGUGUGUUCAAUCACACGGAAGACUACGUGCUUCUGCCAGACGAGCGUACCAUUAGCCUGUGCUGCUGGGAUUCCCGCUCUGCCGAGAGAAAGAACCUGCUGUCACUGGGCCACAACAACAUUGUGCGUUGCAUUGUGCACUCCCCCACUAACCCCGGCUUUAUGACCUGCAGUGACGACUUUCGAGCCCGCUUCUGGUAUCGACGCACCACCACUGACUGAAAAGAUGUGUGUGUUAGAGAGAGGGAAGGAAGUGGUCACAAUUUUCUUCAUCAGUGACUUUGUCCCAGUUUUGACCCUCUGUCAUUUCCUUACCUGGGGGUCCUCACAGUGCUAGCCAACUGACAUAAAAAUUCGCCUUUGUUUCUUUGUCCUGUUUUCAGUUGAUUAAAUUUGCUGUAUUUUUACAAGAACUGGUGGACAGAUGGCGCCAUUUUACGGUGGACAAAGUUAAGGUUUAUUUUCCUUCCAAGUCACUAUUCACUAGGUAUAAGUGAUGUUCCUGACUAUAAAAUUGAUUCAUAAAAUUUGGAUAUACCGUAACGAUUAAAAACAAACCAUCCUGAUCAUUUUUUUACUGUGAAAAUAUUUCUAAGUUUUGGUUUGUAUGGCUGUGAUUUUACACCU